AGAAAACAAGAUUAUCUGCUCAUCCAAAAAGAUGCAACCGACUGGGUUCCUUUCACAAGACAACCACGUGAGCACCGCAGACUGAUGAGUAGAAUCAAUAAGAACGUGAUUUUGGCGCUUUUAACUUUGACAAGCUCUGCGUUUCUGCUGUUUCAAUUGUACUACUACAAGCGCUAUUUAUCAGCAAAGAAUGGAGCUGGUUUAUCAAAAUCCAAAGGAAGCCGAAUUGGAUUUGAUAGCAUAGAGUGGCGUGCAGUCAAAAAAUUUAUUAUGCUAACAUCCACUCAAAAUGUACCGGUGUUCCUUAUUGAUCCUUUGAUUCUGGAAUUGAUUAAUAAAAACUUUGAACAAGUCAAAAAUACUUCUCAUGGCUCCACUUCAGAAUGCAAGUUUCUUUGUGCUCCAAGAGACUUUACUGUGUUUGCACUACAGUAUCACCUGUGGAAGAAUGAGGAAGGCUGGUUUCGGAUAGCUGAAAAUAUGGGGUUUCAGUGCCUAAAGAUCGAGAGCAAAGAUCCCCGGCUGGAUGGGAUAGACUCGCUUUCUGGAACUGAAAUCCCCCUGCACUACAUCUGCAGAUUGGCCACUCAUGCCAUCCACUUGGUGGUCUUUCAUGAGAGGAGUGGCAACUACCUCUGGCAUGGCCAUCUGCGACUCAAAGGACACAUUGACAGGAAAUUUGUUCCUUUUCGAAAGUUACAAUUUGGUCGUUAUCCUGGAGCUUUCGAUAGGCCAGCGUUACAACAGAUUACUGUUGAUGGACUAGACGUUCUCAUUCCAAAAGAUCCAGUGCACUUUCUAGAAGAAAUACCACACUCUAGGUUUAUUGAGUGUAGGUAUAAAGAAGCUCGAGCAUUCUUUCAGCAGUACCUUGAUGAUAACACUGCGGAAGCUAUGGCCUUUCGGAAGAGUGCAAAGGAAUUGCUGCAACUAGCAGCCAAAACACUGAAGAAAUUGGGAGUGCGGUUCUGGCUGAGCAGUGGGACUUGUCUAGGAUGGUAUCGGCAAUGCAACAUUAUUCCUUAUAGUAAAGAUGUUGACCUAGGAAUUUUUAUACAGGAUUACAAAUCUGAUAUUAUUUCAGCAUUUCAUGAGGCAGGACUUCCACUCAAACACAAAUUUGGGAAGGUAGAAGACAGCUUGGAACUAUCUUUCCAGGGAAAAGAUGAUGUAAAACUUGACAUUUUUUUCUUCUAUGAAGAGACUGACCAUAUGUGGAAUGGAGGCACUCAGGCCAAAACAGGCAAAAAAUUUAAAUACCUGUUCCCCAAGUUUACACUGUGCUGGACUGAGUUUGUAGACAUGAAGGUUCAUGUGCCCUGUGAAACCAUCGAAUACCUUGAAGCCAACUAUGGUAAGACCUGGAAGAUUCCUGUGAAGACAUGGGACUGGAAGCGCUCUCCCCCCAACGUGCAGCCCAACGGCCUCUGGCCUAUUUCUGAGUGGGAUGAGGUUAUCCAGUUGUACUGAGACAGGAGGUUGAAAUGGUAGAAUUCCCCUCGUG